CUACAGUUCAGCGAAAGUACUUGCGGUUAUCGGGUGAAAAUUUGUUGCCAUGAAUCCUUUGAGAAUAUUUUGUGUGGCGGUCUUAUUAAUGGCGGCAGUUUCCGCUGUGCCAAAUCAGCCCCAACCAUACAUGAGCAUGAGGCAGAAUGGUGUUAGUGGUAAGUUGAAACCCUCACAAUGGCUCUCCUCAUCGGAAUUGGAACAAAUACCCUCGGUGGAAGAUAUCAGUUUGCAAAGUUUGGAAAAUAUGGCGGUGGAAAAGGGUGCCAAGUUGAUAGAGAAAAUCUUUCAUUUGUCCCAAAUUAAUCAUGAUUUGAAGCCUAACUUUGUGCCCAGUCCCAGCAGUGUUGCUUGUUACAUUGUUAAGCCUAAUGGUCAGAAAGUAUCCACCACUUUGGACAAAUUAGCUUCAGUUUGCAAGCAACAAUCCAACUUUGGCGACGAGGAGGUAACCAUUUUCAUUACUGGUUUACCCGCUACCACUGAAACUAUUAAGAAGGCCAAUCGUAAAUUGAUUGAUGCCUACCUACAACGUUACAACAUCAAGAGACAACAACCUCAAAGAUAUGACAUUUCUGGCGAAAAAUCUGCUCGUACAUCUAGUGAAGAGGACUCUAGCGAAUGGAAAAAGCAAGAACGCUCAUCAGGCAAUCUGGUGAUCAUUGAUUUGGGCGCCAAAUUGAACAGCCUUAAACGUUUUGUCAUGUUGGAUGUUGAAGAAACUGGUGCCAUGAUUGGUUCUGCCAUAGUUGAUUUGACCGAUAAAUGCAAUGUUGCUGAUGAAACCGUUCACGUUAUUGCUCAAGGUAUUGCUGCUCAUGUUGCUGGUGCCGCUGCCAAUGAUUACACCCGUCAAACUGGUCGUAAAUUGAGACGUAUCACUGCCUUGGAUCCCUCAAAAUUGUUCGCUAAGAAUCCUCAUACCUUAUCUGGUCUUUCGCGUGGUGAUGCCGAAUUUGUUGAUGCCAUCCACACCAAUGUCUAUGGCAUGGGUACCAUUCAACGUGUAGGUGAUGUUGAUUUCUAUCCCAAUGGUCCUUCUGCUUCGGUACCUGGUGCUGAGAAUAUCGUUGAAGCUAGCAUGCGUGCCACUCGUUACUUCGCUGAAUCUGUCCGUCCUGGUAAUGAACGUAAUUUCCCAGCUGUUGCCGCCAACUCAUUGAAAGACUACAAAAACAAUGAUGGUUUCGGUAAACGUGUUUAUAUGGGUAUUGACACUGAUUAUGAUUUGGAAGGUGAUUUCAUUUUACAAGUUAAUUCUAAGAGCCCAUUCGGUAAGAGCGCUCCUGCUAAGAAACAAAACAGCUAUCAUGGUAUCCAUAAAUCCUGGAAAAAUUCUGAAGACUAUUAA